GCACUCCAGAUCACCCCACUCUCCGCCGGCCCCUCCGCUCUCCCGCUCCCUCCGCACUUCCGGGCAUGCGCGCUGCCGCCCCCGCCUCUAACCAAUCAGGGAGCGCGCUGCACUACGGAAGGCGGGCCCAACGCCGUUCCUCGGCGACUCCAGUCUCCCCAUUUCCAUUAGUUUGUGCUGCUGUCACUCUCCGCUCCCUCCCUUCCCAUUGGCUGAGGUGCGGCGGGAGCGGGAGGUUCGCUCUGAGGCCCGGACGCCUGAGUCCCCUCCCCUUCCCCUUCCAACUGGUUCGUGCUGCUGUCACUCUCCGCUCCCUCCCUUCCCAUUGGCUGAGGCGCGGCGGGAGCGGGAGGUUCGCUCUGAGGCCCGAACUCCUGGGUCCCCAACCCCGGGGGCGGCUCCGGGACCCCCAAGAGGCCUCAGAUUCCCCCCCGGGAAACCGGCCCCGGGCUCCAUGGAGCGGCAGCGGGAGGUGAAGGCGCUGCUGAAGCGCUGGGAGGCGGAUUUUCUCCGGGAGCGGCAGAGGAAGCCCAGCCAGGCCGACAUCGAAGAGGCCCCGGAGGACACCAGACGGCUCUACAAGGAGUACAAGAUGCUCAAGAAGCAGCGAGAGGAGUCGGAUCCGCCCCGACCCGAACCCCCGGACACCCCGACAGCGGAGAAAGUACCGGAAAAUGUGCCGAACUCCGGUUGUUGGGGCGCACACCUGAACCGGCAGCCGAAAACCCCGGCGCCAAACCGCAGUGACCGCUCCGUGCCCAAAUCCUCGGUGCAAUAUUAUGGGAUGAAGCUCAAAUCCAACCUGGGAACUGCCGAGAAGGAGACACCUCUGACCCCCAGGAGGAUCCCCAGGCUGCCCAAAAACCUGGUGACAAGUGCCAAACGCCCGUCCCCGCCGCCAACGGAGGCUCCACAGAGUGAGGGCGAUCUCGUCCUUCCUCCCUCGGUGUCAGGCCUGGCCCCACUCAUCCUCACCGCAGGACUGAAGCCGAAGCCGCCGCCGACCCCGCCAAAUAAAUACCAGCGGCUGAAGAAGAAGGUGGCAGAGACAUUGGGCUCGGUGGACGCCGGCUGGUUGCGGCGGUGCCAGGGGACGCUCGGGGACAAAGAGACGGUGCCACGUGUCGCGCAGGACAGGGGAGAUUCCGGGAGGAAAAGGCCACGUGGAGAUGAAGAUGAUGAAGAUGAAGGUGACGCAGCGGCUCCCACGCCGCUCAAACGGUGCUGCGGCUCAACCGAGGGAGCGUUUGGCAACGCCGAUGUGCCAAAGCGGAACCGGGAGGGGGUGGAAGAGCACGUGAAAGCACCAAAAAUGAGCGAGAUAGUGCCGGAUCCUUCACAAAACCUCCUGGAAGAGGAAGAGGAGGAGGAGGAGAAGAACAAACCCACCCGCCGAACCAGCACUACCAGAGCUGCUCCCCGGAACCGCCAAAACUUCGUCCGCCUCAACCUGAAGAGGAAAACUUACGUCCGCGGUUUCGCCCUGCGGGGAAAUCGCCUCCGCAAGCAGAUGUGGAAGCAGAAAUGGCGGAAAAAAGCCAAGUGGUUCGGAGGAGGCGGCGGAUCCAGCGCCCGAAGCUCCGACGUUUGCUUCAAGUGCGGCGCCACAGGGCACUGGGCGUCUGAGUGCCGGGGCCUUGGAAAGGCGAAUUCCGCCCCGUUGCCGGAGGAUCGCGGUGGUGCCGAUGAUGAGGAGGAUGAGGAUGACCUUCCUCUCCCCACACUGGAAGAAGUGGCUCGCAGGACCAAUUCCAUUUGCCGCGAUCUCUCCGGGACCGGAGACAACGGGGAAAACUCGGAGAAUAUUCCGGAAGUGCCGAUGCCGCCGUACGAGCCGCCCGCUCCCCCUGCGCCCGUGGAGCCGCUUUACGCACUGGGGCCAGAGGGGAAAGUUCAAGAGACCCCCCGGGAGGUGUUUGAGGCUCUGAAGACGCUGGGUUACAGCUCCUUCCGCCCUGGCCAGGAGGUGGCUGUUAUGAGGAUACUCUCCGGUCUCUCCACGCUGGUGGUGUUAUCGACGGGGAUGGGGAAGUCGCUCUGCUACCAGCUCCCCGCGUAUCUCUACCACAAACGCUCCAAGUGCAUCACCCUGGUCGUGUCACCGCUCGUGUCCCUCAUGGAUGACCAGGUCUCGGGGCUGCCACCGUGUCUCAGCGCCGUCUGCAUCCACUCCAACAUGCCCAAAACGCAGCGGGACGCAGCGAUGGAGAAGGUGCGACGCGGCGAGGCGCAGGUGCUGCUGCUCUCCCCCGAAGCUCUGGUCGGCGGCGGCGCGGCGGGAUGCGGUUACCUGCCCGGCGCCGAUCGGCUGCCGCCCGUCGCCUUCGCCUGCGUGGACGAAGCUCAUUGCGUCUCCGAGUGGUCGCACAAUUUCCGUCCCUGUUACCUGCGGCUCUGCAAGGUUCUCCGGGAUCGCUUGGGCGUCCGCUGCUUUUUGGGGCUGACGGCGACGGCCACGUUGGCCACAGCGCGGGACGUGGCUCAGCACCUCGGCGUCCCGCCAGAGGAGGGGGUGACGGUGCGCUCAGCCGCCGUGCCGCCGAAUCUGCGCCUCUCCGUGUCCCUGGACACCGACCGGGAUCAGGCCCUGCUGUCGCUGCUGCGGGGGGAGCGUUUCGGGCGCCUGGAUUCCAUCAUCGUGUACUGCACACGGCGGGAGGAGACGACACGCGUGGCCGCGCUGAUCCGCACCUGCCUGCAGGGAACCACGCCGGCGGGACGCGCCGAGCCCGGCCAGGAUGCGGCCCCAAGGAGCAAAGCCAAGGCAAAAACGAGCGCCCGCCCGCAGCCACCGUGCCUCGCCGACGCUUACCACGCCGGUUUAACCCCCGCCGAGCGCCGGCGCGUCCAGAAGAGCUUCAUGAGCGGCCGGCUGCGCAUGGUGGUGGCCACGGUGGCGUUCGGCAUGGGCCUGGACAAGCCCGACGUCCGCGGCGUCAUCCACUACAACAUGCCCAAGAAUUUCGAGAGCUACGUGCAGGAAAUCGGCCGCGCCGGGCGCGACGGCGAACCGGCUCAUUGCCACCUCUUCUUAGACCCGGAGGGCGGGGAUCUCCACGAGCUGCGGCGUCACAUUCACGGCGACGCGGUGGAUUUUUAUGCCAUCCAGAAGCUGGUGCAGAAGGUUUUCGCUCCCUGCAAGUGCCUGGAGCUGCACCGGAAACACCGCGAUGCUGUCAGGGACGGGGAGUUGGAGGACGCCGAAAUUGCCGAGUUUUUGGAGGAAGAGGAGGAUGGCGCCGCUGCGAAGCCGAGCGAGCGGCGAGUGUGUUAUAAACACGAGCGAGCCAUCCCCAUCCAAGAAACCGUGGAGGCCCUGGAUCUGCGGGAGGAAGGGAUCGAGACCCUCCUGUGCUACCUGGAGCUGCACCCGUGCCGCUGGCUGGAGCUGCUGCCACCCACCUACUCCUCCUGUCACCUGCGCUGCUACGGGGGACACCGGCAGCUCCGGGCUGCGGCGCGGUGCUCGCCGCCCGUGGCCGUGGCGCUGGCGCGGGAGCGUCUCGCCGGGAAGGACCGCGGUGCCGCCGACGCGUUGGAAUUCGACGUGGUGGCGCUGAGCGACUCCAUGGGCUGGGAGCCGGCGCUGGUGAAACGCGCCCUGCGGCAGCUGCAGUGGGAUCCGUGGCUGCGCCGAGGCGACCGCGGCGUGGGGAAAAACGGGAUCCUGGUGGAAUUCGGCAACUUGUCCUUUCACCUCCGCGCCUACGGCGAUCUCGCCGCCCACGAGCUCGAUUCCAUCUGCGAUUUCCUCCACCGCAGGGUGGUCGGCCGGGAAAAAGCGGCUCUCGCCCAACUCCGCGCUUGUUUCCGCGCCUUCCGGAGCGUGGCUUUCCAGAGCUGCGGCCCUCACGGCGAGGAGGAGGAGGAGGAGAGGAGCUCGCGGCUGAAGGCUUUGUUGAGCCGCUAUUUCGAGACGGAGCCAGCGGCGCACGGCGAGGAGGAGGAAGAGGAGGAGGAAGCUCUUGAUGCCGCUCAACGGCAGGACUGGGAGAACCAAAUCCGCGCCGACGUCCGCCACUUCCUCGCAAUCCGCCACGACGAGAUGUUUACCGGCCGAGCCAUCGCCAGGAUCUUCCACGGCAUCGGCAGCCCGUGUUUCCCCGCCGACAUCUACGGCCGCGAUCGCCGCUUUUGGAGGAAACAUCUCGCUUUUGACUUCCACCGCCUCAUCCGCUUGGCCACCGAGGAGAUCCUGGCCAGCAGGUGACACCUGGGGCCACCACCUGCACCUACGGGGCCACACGGGGAUGUCACCCCACUGGGGACACCAUUUUUGGGGGGUUUUUAUAAAAGAAUUAAUAAAAAACGCCAAUUUUUUACCCAA